UCUGCUAGAAUUCGGAUCGCUUCUGAGAGAUUUGCACAAUGGCUCCUACAGUUCACUCCCUACCUCCUCCUCCCGGCUCCGACAUUGAUUUCGGAGCCAUUGUCGAGAAUAUCGACCUCGAGAAUCUGACUGAUGACGACUUCAGUGUCAUCCGUAAAGCGCUUUACGAGAACCUCGUGGUGGUGGUGAAAAACCAACACCACCUCUCUCCGAAAGCACAGUACGAGCUUACCCGUCGAUUCGACCCGGCCGCCUCGCAGUACGGCCACGGCAAGACCCUCGAUGCGAAGCGCAGCAUUUUGCAUCCCGAUCUCAAGACCGUCCCCCAUCAGCCCCAGGUCCAGGUGAUUGGUCAUGGGUUCGUGGAGGCCUACGAGGGCCUCACCAAUAUCCAACUGAAACACCCCCACCACCGCACAUUCCACCGCGACGCUAUUCCCGACGAGGAGGAUUAUGAUUUCACUCGCUUCUACCGCUGGCACAUUGAUGCGGCCCUGUAUGAUUUUUACCCACCGAAUGUGACGACAUUACUGGCAGUGCGCGUCCCCAAGGGCCGGAGACAGACACUGCGGUAUGACGACGGAUCAGACGAGACGCUGGAUGUGCCUUUGGGAACGACCGCAUUUGUCAGCGGCGAAAGAAUGUUUGAGAUGCUCUCGGACGAGGACAAGCAGUUUGCGCUUACCAGUCGCGUGGAAUAUGCGCCCCACCCUUACAUCUGGAUGAGCUCCGCUCGUUCUCUUCCUACCGGUCUCGGUCUCUACUCCGAGGACAAAGAACUCCCUCUGUCUGACCUACCUCCUAUCGACGAAUCCAAAAUCCAGAUCUUGCCUAUGGUAUGGAAAAACCCUGUGACGGGCAAGCCGGCUCUUCAAAUCCACCCGUCUGCGGUGCGCAAGAUCCACCGCAAGGAUGGCACCGUGAUUGAUGACUUGGCGCGCGUGCGAGAAAUUGUGUAUAAGUUGCAGCGGCCGGCGAUUAGCCCGCCCCAUGUGUAUGCGCAUGACUGGCAGGAGGGCGAUCUGGUGCUGUUCAACAAUCGGGGGGUUAUUCACUCGGUGGUUGGGGCGUUUGGCAAGGAUGAGGUGCGCUUGUUCCGGCAGUGUAACCUGGCGGCGGGGGAGGCGCCACUGGCGUAUGAGGCAUGAUCAAUAGACUUAGAUGUAAAUUAAUUAUAUUAAUAUUGAAAAUAUCAAAAUAAUCCUG